UAAGAAAAUGUAGCACACUUUUGCAAUCUUAAGCUCUCAGCAUCCUCCUCUUCCCGCCGUCGGAGCAAACCCUAGGAAUCAUUUGCAAUGACAACAGUUCCAGGGCAACUAGUAUGGGAGAUCGUGAAGAAGCACAACUCCUUUUUGGUGAAGGAGUUCGGUAAUGGUAGCGCUGGCGUCGUCUUCAGCAAAGAACCUAACAACCUCUGCAACCUUCACUCCUACAAGCACUCUGGCCUAGCAAACAAGAAGACGGUGACUAUCCAGCCUGAGGGAAAAGAUAAAUCUGUGUUGCUUGCUACAUCGAAAACCAAUAAGCAAAACAAGCCUUCAAGUUUGCUGAACAAAUCUGUGAUGAAGAAGGAAUUCCGCAGAAUGGCCAAGGCUGUAACAAACCAGGUUGGAGACAACUACUACAGGCCAGAUCUGAAGAAGGCAGCCCUUGCAAGGUUGAGUGCUGUGAACAGGAGUCUCAAGGUCACCAAGUCAGGUGCCAAGAAGAGGAACAGACAGGCUUAAGAGUUCAUGCUAGGAAAUGCUACAGUGUAUGACUUGUAAUGCAUGGAUUUUCUCCAGUACCAAAGUUUUGUGUUUGACUUUAUCUUUGUUUCUUUCUGAAUUAGCUAUUGGCAAGGGCAAUAUCUCUAGUUUUGAGUUUAAAAAUGACAUCCUUUAUCAGAGCUUUAAAAGAUUAUCUACAUUAAUUUGUGGUCUUA